ACUGCUGGCCAUGCUCCUUGGAAAUAUCCUUUCAGCAUGUGAGGAGAUAUCCUCUAUGGAAUAGUCAGAAAAUCAGCUCACCCUUGGCAGUAGCAAAAUGCGGUCCAGCAACUUAUGACAGACAUGGCUUUAACAUCUGACAGUUAGAUUCAUUGUUGGUUUAACAGCCAAUCAUUGGUUUUGACGACACAAGUCUAAUGAAGGCUGGAAUAUAAAAAGCCCUCUUGGAAUAUACAAGAUUCACCAGAGUGGUGAGUUGUCUCAGAUUGCAUUUGCCUUCAGUGAUUUACAGAGUACUGAAAGAUUUAAAAAAGAAUCAAAGAAAGAGAAAGAAAGGGAAAGGACUGCACUGAAUGUGAGGCCAUGUAUAAGCUAAAAAUGUAUCUUUACAUUUACUUUUUCAUGCUAAUCAUACCUAGUCCAGUGGAUCUUAAUGAAAGCAACCAGGCAAAUGAGAACAUAGAAAAAGAUGGGCUGUGCAAUGCAUGCACAUGGAGACAAAGUACGAAAUCUUCAAGAAUAGAAGCUAUUAAAAUUCAGAUCCUCAGUAAACUGCGCCUGGAACAAGCACCUAAUAUUAGCCGGGAUGCUAUAAGGCAACUUUUACCUAAAGCUCCUCCAUUGCAAGAAUUGAUUGAUCAGUAUGAUAUCCAGAGAGAUGACAGCAGUGAUGGUUCUUUGGAAGAUGAUGAUUAUCAUGCAACAACUGAAACUAUUAUUACAAUGCCUACAGAGACUGAUUUUCCUGUGCCAGUGGAAGGAAAACCCAAAUGUUGCUUCUUUAAGUUUAGCUCUAAAAUACAGUAUAAUAAAGUUGUGAAGGCCCAGUUGUGGAUAUAUUUAAGACAAGUCCAGAGACCUACAACAGUAUUUGUGCAGAUCCUGAGACUCAUCAGACCCAUGAAAGAUGGAACAACUUCUACUGCAAUUCGAUCUUUGAAACUCGACAUGAACCCAGGCACUGGUAUUUGGCAGAGCAUUGAUGUGAAGUCUGUAUUGCAAAAUUGGCUCAAACAACCUGAAUCCAACUUGGGCAUUGAAAUCAAAGCACUGGAUGAAAAGGGAAGAGAUCUUGCAAUAACUUAUCCGGGACCUGGGGAAGAUGGCUUGAAUCCAUUUUUAGAGGUCAGGAUUACAGAUACACCAAAAAGAUCACGUAGAGAUUUUGGUCUUGACUGUGAUGAACACUCAACUGAAUCUCGAUGUUGUCGUUACCCACUGACUGUGGAUUUUGAAGCGUUUGGAUGGGACUGGAUAAUUGCACCCAAAAGAUACAAAGCAAACUACUGUUCUGGAGAAUGUGAAUUUGUAUUUUUGCAAAAAUAUCCACAUACUCAUCUUGUACACCAAGCAAAUCCAAGAGGUUCAGCAGGCCCUUGCUGCACACCUACUAAGAUGUCCCCAAUAAAUAUGCUGUAUUUCAAUGGAAAAGAACAAAUAAUAUAUGGGAAGAUACCAGCCAUGGUGGUAGAUCGUUGUGGGUGUUCAUGAGCUCUUCAUUAGGUUUCCGACUUCAUAAGAUAUGGAAUAUACAAAAAAAUUUCCCUCAAGCAAUUCUUGAAACUGACUUUUGUACAAUAGGCCUACCUCUAAUAGGCUAUAUUAUAGGCUAUUGUAAAGAUUUCCUACCAGACAAGCUACAGUAUGUGAACUGAAAGACAUUUAUAUACAAGGGCUGGUUUUUAACCAGUGAAAAAGAUAAGCUCCAAUCAAAAUCACAAGAUAUCACAAUGAAUUUCUUAUUCUGGAAAGGGAUCUGUUUUCAUUUAUGCAAACAACUUAACCAUAUGCAGGUUUCAGCAGAUAGAAAUAGAUAAAGCAACCUCCUUGUAUUCCAGAGAAUGAAAAGGAGUGGGCUAUAAAGGUAGUUAAAACAGUUUAAUUUACUGUUGUUUUUACAUAAGCGGAUAUAUUGGUGACUGAUCAGAGUCACUUAAUUGUCCUCAAACACUUGAAUUGAAUUUAGAGUAUUAAAAGAAACUGAUAAGGUGAAAUUCCAAAAACAGAUAAAUCCACUAAUUAGAGUAGGUACAUUUUGUUUCCAUUCCUUUUAUAAUCAGUGCAUUCAUUACCUGCUACCAAUGGUGCUAUCACAGUAGACUUACACUCCAAUCCCAAGAUUUAAUGCAGGAGCUCAUAAGUGUUUAGGAUGGGAUGUGCCAAUAGCUAGGUCACCACAAAAUGUGAUACUGUGGCAAGCCUAUAAAUACCAAUAAGACUGACGUGUUAGUGAUUAUGACACAAAUAGAAUAUUCAGCACAAUCAUGAAUCCUCUUCUCCUCAAGUACAUCUCCUCAAGUACAUUCACAAGGAAUAGGGAUUUUUUUUUUUAAGUUUAGCAGAUAACUGCAAAGGCAGUGAACGAUUAUUUAUGGUAAAAUUAUAAUAGCCCACAUUCACACCAUUACAGUUUGCACUAUGAUAAACCAAUGGAAAUAAUUCAUAAGUACAAGUAUUGUAAAAAUAAAAUGUUGAUAUAUUACUAAGUUUGUGUAAUAUAUACACAAUAUUAUAUUGUAAAUAAAUGUUUGUUUUUUAAAUUUACUAUGCAUAUAAAGUACAACAAAUUUGGGUUAACUUGCUUUAUUGCAGAAAAUUACAUAUAUUUCAGCAAUGGCUUGGAUCCAUUAACAGAAUGGGGAUUUCCUCUUCACACUUCCUUCUGCAACCCUCUGAAGGGGGGGAUGCUCCAGAGGACUGGGGGAACCCUCCUGAAGCCCUGGCAUGUGGCACAGGGAGGUACAGCAGGAAGAAGGUGUUGCCAAAAUUUGGGAAACCCCCCUUUUGCUCAUGCAACUACACUUUUCGAUCCAAGCCAAUAUAAGUACAUUAUUUUAUAUUUGUGUAAAAAAUGCACUCUAACCCAGAUAAUUGCACCUGAGAGCACUGAUGUACACAUGAAACCCCAGCACUUACUGUUCUACUCAGACAGCUGUUGCACACUUGAUGCUCACAUGGCUUCUACUUCUUCACUUGAAAUUAACUAGAAAGACUGCAUGUAAGCAUUCCAUGUGCACAAUGUUCAGCAGAUCACAACUACUGCAGGUAUAAUUAUCUCCAGAUCAACAAUGACAUCUUUGGAAAUGUUUGAGGGGUGGGGGGUUGGUUUUGGGGGUGGUUUUUUGUUUUUUGUUUUUGCUCUUUUACAUUAAUAAGAUACACAUGUGGACAAAUGGGGGACAUUUAGGUUAGAUCCAAAGGUACCUUUCCACAUAUAUAAGCCAUCUUCUGCUCAGUCUUACAGUGCUAGAACUCUGAAGGAGAAAACUCAAAACAAGUCCAAAUAUGAUGCUUGCAUAAGAACUUGUACAUUCUUGCACAAGUGGAAGCAUGAGAGUCACCAUAGCACCUAUCUGUUAGUCUAUGAACUCUUUUGCAAGCUCUUGCACAAGCAUUUGUAGAACAGUGCUAGCAACAAUUUUCCUUUGUUCACAGUCCUUUGAACCCAACCCUCCAAAUCAUCCAUAUUCCAUUGUUACAGUUAAAAAAUAAUGUUCCAUUAUAUUAAUACACCAAUAUAGUGUGAAAUAUACCAAUAUACUGCUGAAAGCACGAACCCAAUAUUUUCAUUAACUGUAUUUUUCUUACAAGCUAAAAUCUUGCAAAAUAUUUCAUUACAUUUAUUUUAUAAGUAUUAAUAAACUUUGAUUUUCACAUAUUACUGUAUAUUUUGCUCAGCAUAAUCAGUAAUUUUUAAUCAAAACAAAGUUUAGAAAUUUACCUAUUUCCUAUGAAGGGACAUUAUUUUCAAGUGUGAAAGAUUAUUGAAAAUACAGCUAUUGUCAAAUAACCACUAUAAUUUCUGUUAAAAUAUUUUCGUUUUUGUACAAUAUCAAAGCUAUAUUUGUUGUAUUCUGGAUUUCAACUUAUCAUUUUA